AUGGCCACUGACCGCCGACCCGUCGUCAUCUCCGGCCCCUCGGGCGUCGGCAAGGGCACCCUCUACAACCUCCUCUUUGAGCGCCACCCGGACGCCUUUUGCCUCUCCGUCUCGCACACCACCCGCGCCCCGCGGCCCGGCGAGGAGGACGGCAAGCACUACCACUUUGUCCCGAUGCAGGACUUUGAGCACCUCAUCGCCAAGGACGGCUUCGUCGAGCACGCCCAGUUUGGCGGCAACCGCUACGGCACCAGCAAGAUGACGAUUGAGGAGCAGACGAAAAAGGGCCGCAUCGUGCUGCUGGACAUUGAAAUGGAGGGCGUCAAGCAGAUCAAAAACUCGAGCAUCGCCGCCCGCUACGUCUUCAUCGCGCCACCCUCGAUCGAGCAGCUCGAGAAGCGCCUGCGCGGCCGCGGCACCGAGACCGAGGCCAGCGUCCAGAAGCGCCUCGCCCAGGCCAGCAAGGAGCUCGAGUACUCCCAGACCCCCGGCGUCCACGACCUCAUCAUUGUCAAUGACGACCUCGAGACUGCCUACAAGCAGCUCGACGAGUUCAUCCACAAGCCCCUCGAGCAAUAG